AUGGCCGAUGAGCGAUGGCCGGAUGAGCGAUGGCCGAACGGCAUAGGUCUCUGCACCCCCCACCCCUACGAAGGUCUCUUGUCCCCCACCCCCACGAAGGCCUCUUGCCCUCCCACCCCCUACGAAGGUCUCUUGCCCCCCACCCCUACGAUGGUCUCUUGCCCUCUCACCCCUACGAAGGUCUCUUACCCUCCCACCCCUACUGAAGGUCUCUUACCCUCCCACCCCUACGAAGGUCUCUUACCCUCCCACCCCUACGAAGGUCUCUUGCCCUCCCACCCCUACGAAGGUCUCUUGUCCCCCACCCCUCGAAGGUCUCUUGUCCCCCCACCCCGACGGUCUCUUGUCCCCUCCACACCCCUACGAAGGUCUCUUGUCCCCCACCCCCCUCUGAGAAAGGUCUCUUGCCCUCCCACCCCUACGAUGGUCUCUUGUCCCCCACCCCUCGAGGUCUCUUGCCCCCACCCCUACGAAUGGUCUCUUGUCCCCCCACCCCUACUUGAAGGUCUCUUGUCCCCCACCCCUACGAAGGUCUCUUGUCCCCCACCCCUACGAAGGGUCUCUUGUCCUCCCACCCACGAAGGUCUCUUGCCCCCCCACCCCUACGAAGGUCUCUUGUCCCCCUCCCACCCCCCACGAUGGUCUCUUGUCCCCCACCCCUACGAAGGUCUCUUGUCCCCCACCCCUACGAAGGGUCUCUUGUCCCCCACCCCUACGAAGGUCUCUUGUCCCCCCACCCCCUAUGGUCUCUUGUCCCCCACCCCCGAUGGUCUCUUGUCCCCCACCCCUACGGGUCUCUUAUGGUCUCUUGUCCCCCACACCUAUGGUAUCUUGUCCCCCCACCCCUACGAAGGUCUCUUGUCCCCACCCCUACGAAGGUCUCUUGCCCUCCCCCUACUGAGGUCUCUUGCCCCCCCAGCCCUACGAUGGUCUCUUGUCCCCCACCCCUACGAAGGCUUGUCCCCCACUCCCUAUGGUCUUUGUCCCCCACCCUAUGGUCUCUUGUCCCCCACCCCUACGAAGAAGGUCUCUUGUCUCCCCCCCUACGAGGUCUCUUGUCCCCCACCCCUAUUGAAGGUCUCUUGUCCCCCCCGAUGGUCUCCCCCCACCCCUAUGGUCUCUUGUCCCCCCACCCCUACAUGGUCUCUUGUCCCCCCACCCUACGGUCUCUUGCCCUCCCACCCCUACGAUGGUCUCUGUACCCCCCACCCCUACGAAGGUCUCUUGCCCUCCCACCCCUAUGGUAUCUUACCCUCCCACCCCUACGAAGGUCUCUUGUCCCCCCACCCCUAUGGUCUCUUGUCCCCCCACCCCUACGAAGGUCUCUUGUCCCCCCACCCCUAUGGUCUCCCUCCCACCCCUACCAAGGUCUCUUGUCCCCAGCCCUCACUUGAUGGUCUCUUGUCCCCCACCCCUACGAAGGUCUCUUGUCCCCCACACCCCUGGUCUCUUGUCCCCCACCCCAUGGUCUCUUGUCCCCGGCCCACCCUGAAGGUCUUGUCCCCCACCCCUACUGAAGGUCUCUUGCCCCCCACCCCCUAUGGUCUCUUGUCCCCCACCCCUACGAAGGUCUCUUGUCCCCCCACCCCUACGAUGGUAUCUUGUCCUCCCACCCCUACGAAGGUCUCUUGUCCCCCACCCCACGGUCUCUUGCCCUCCCACCCCUACGAAGGUCUCUUGUCCCCCCACCCCUACGAAGGUCUCUUGUCCCCCCACCCCUACGAUGGUCUCUUGUCCCCCACCCCUAUGGUCUUUGUCCCCACCCUACGAAGGUCUCUUGUCCCCCACCCCUACGAUGGUCUCUUGUCCCCCCACCCCUACGAAGGUCUCUUGCCCCCACCCCUACGUGGUCUCUUGUCCCCCACCCCCACGAAGGUCUCUUACCCCCACCCCUACGAAGGUCUCUUGCCCUCCCACCCCUACGAAGGUCUCUUGCCCCGCCAGCCCUACGAUGGUCUCUUGUCCCCCACCCCUACGAAGGUCUUUCUCUACGAAGGUCUUGUCCCCCACCCCUACGAAGGUCUCUUGUCCCCCACCCCUACGAAGGUCUCUUGUCCUCCCACCCCUACGAAGGUCUCUUGCCCUGCCAGCCCUACGAUGGUCUCUUGUCCCCCACCCCUACGAAGGUCUCUUGUCCCCCACCCCUAUGGUCUCUUGUCCCCCCACCCCUACGAAGGUCUCUUGUCCCCCACCCCUACGAAGGUCUUUGUCCCCCACCCCUACGGUCUCUUGUCCUCCCACCCCUACGAAGGUCUCUUGCCCCCCAGCCCUACGAUGGUCUCUUGUCCCCCACCCCUACGAAGGUCUCUUGUCCCCCACCCCUAA